AUGGGCUCUCUUAUCUCCCCUGUAAUCGCCAACAUCUUCAUGGAGCACUUCGAGAAAGAGGCCCUCAGGAAAACGCCCAAAAAGCCAGAAGUUCGAUUCUAUGUAGACGACACAUUCGUGAUACGAAGACACGGCAGAACAGAACUCCAUAAAUUCCUUAUUUUCCUCAACAAACAACAUCCAAAUAUCCACUUCACUAUGGAUAUAGAGGAAAACGGAAAAAUCCCCUUGUUAGAUAUUCUUGUCUCUAAGAAAGCUGACGGUACCUUAGGCCAUCAAGUAUACAGAAAACCAACACACACAGACAGGUACCGACAUGCCGAGUCGCACCACCACCCAGCACAAAAACAGUCAGCAAUCAACUCACUUGUACAUAGAGCUUUCACUUCUGACAAAGAACAUCUACAGACAGAACUCAACCACCUGAAACUAGCCUUACAGAAAAACGGACACGACAAAAAAGACAUAACCAAAAUAAUCAAUAAACAUGCAAACAAGACAACGGUCCCUGACACACAACCAGACGAAAGGAUACUAUCCAUACUUCCAUUUGUUAAAAGAACAACAGAUCGGAUCGGCAGGAUAUUAAACAAACACAACAUUCGAACUAUCUUCAAACCAAAUAGGACAAAAAGAUAG